AAUCCUUUAUACGCGGGUACUGUACUCAUUGAGCUCUACAAAAUAACAAAUACCCGAUUCGAAACGGAGACUCACACUUGGGGACCUUCCCUCGUCAGUCCAGCAAAUUCCACAUCGAAACCUAUAAGUCAUCCGAAAGAUAUGAGAAUAAGUUUUUUUGAACUCUGUGACCAACACACCCUGCACAUUAUUCAGACGAAUAGUGCCCGUCGGAUCCGGAAUCAACCUUAAGAAUUCUAUUCAUAUAUUCUUAGGAUCUACAUGAUGAACAUAAUUCCGAUUCAAAAGCGAUUUGAUACUGGAAAACAUUCUCUCGUGUCCUAAUCUCUUCGUGAAACACGAUCUACAAGACAUGUUGAAAGAUAGGAGUAAUAUAAAUAACGUCUCGUUCUAAUAUAUAAACUAUUUCUUUUGUUGCAUAUCAGAAGAAUGAAAUAAAAUGAUGACGAAGAAAUGUAUCCCAAAAAUAGAUAGUACAAAAUAAUCUUCCUAUGAUUGGUAACAACAACUACAUCGUAUUUCACAUUUUAAUCCUACUCAGAUUAUGUUAACAACUGUUUUUAUUUUCUCAUAAAUCUAGAUUCACAAAAAAAUCAAACAUUUCCAAUUGGAUCUGAUGAUAUUAAAAACAAUUUAACAAUUAUUCUACUUGAUUCUCAAGCACUUACACAACAAAAUCGUUUAACAUUUUCUGUCUAUAAUCAACGAAAUGGUUUAUUUGAUGAAAAACAAUAUCGAGUAUUAACAAGAAUUAUUUCAUUAACAAUUGAUAAACCAGAAUUAACAAAAAAUUUCGGAAGAUUUGUAAAAAUAAAUUUUUAUCUUGAAAAUAAUUAUGAAGAAAAAUAUGGUAAUUUAACAUGUGCUUAUUGGCAUAUAUUUGAUAAUAUGACAGCACAAUGGUCAAAAGAUGGAUGUUAUUUAAUUAAUAUAACAGAUCAAAAUAUUAUUUGUGAAUGUAAUCAUUUAACUCAUUUCGCAGUUUUAAUGGAUAUUGAACAAAAAUCAACGCCAGAAUCUAUUGAACAAGUACUUUCGAUUAUAACAUUAGGUGGUUUAUUAUUAUCAUCUAUUGGUUUAUGUUUAACAAUUUUAACAUUUAUACUUUUUCAAAAAUUACGUCGUCAUUUCAGUCAAAAAGCUCUUCUUUUAUUAUCAAUUAAUCUUCUUUUUGUUAAUAUUUUAUUUUCAAUUAUUGGUUUAUAUAAAUUAACACAUUUAUCAUGUAUUAUUAUUGCUAGUGUAUUACAUUAUUUUAUUUUAUCAUCAUUCAGUUGGAUGUUUAUUAUGGCAUUAAUACAAUAUUUACUUUUUGUUAAAGUUUUUCCACGUUCAAUUUCAGCAUUUACACGAAAAGCAGCUGCAUUUGCUCAAUUUCCAUUGAUUCCCGUCAGUGUUAUUUUGGUUAUUGAUCCAUUAAAUUAUACCAAACGAAAUGAUGGAAUUUGUUGGCUAUCCGAUCUACCACUUUAUUUAUCAUUUAUUUUACCUAUACUUUUGUAUAUGAUGAUAAAUAGUAUCCUGUUUUCAAUAGUUGCUCAUUCACUUCUAUGUGGAAAAACAGGUCAACAAUUGCGUAGUACACAAAUGGCUGAAUCCCACCGUUUAUCACGUUUUUUAGUAGCAUUAAGUUGUUUUGUUGUACUUGGUCUUACUUGGAUAUUUGGUUUAUUUGCUAUUGGACCAAUACGUUUUUUAUUUCAAAUUCUUUUUUGUACAUUUGCUUCAUUAACAGGAUUUUUCAUUUUUCUUCUUUAUAUUGUAACAUCAAAAGCAAAACGAAAAUGUUGGAAUAAUGCAUUUAAAUCACUUGGUAUAUCAUCAAUUUAUUCUCCAACAUUAUCAACAUCAUCUGGUUUAACUGGUAAUAAAGAAUUUUCAACAUCAUCAACAAAUGAUCAACAAAAAAUUCCUUCACGUCUCGUACAAUUUCCAUCUCAACCACAACAUUUUAUUGAUGCAUACAUGCCAUCAUCACCUCCACCACCAGCUCCACCAUUACCAUUACCACCACCAUUUUUAAUUGAAGGUGAUGAUCCAUUAAAUAAAACAACAUUAUUAAAUAAUAUUUAUGAAACAAAACAUGUUUGGAUACCACAAACAAAUUAUAUUUAUGAAUCUAAUCAACCAACAACAUCAUUAGAUGAUUAUUCUUUAUUCUAUGCUUCGAAUCAUGAUGCUACAAAACUUUAA